AUCAUCCAUGCCCUUUGGCCUUACUGCACUUUCAUAAACGAGACGUUUCAUGUUGUUAACAUCUAUAAAAGCUCCUUGCUCCAGUAAAGUAUCCAGCUUGUUGGCCUAAUGGUCUAAAUUAGUCUUGAAACUCCCUCAAAGAUGCUGGAUUUUUAGGUAGACAAUAGAAUUUCGCAAGUUAUGUCAAAUGUCAGUUCUAAGUGACAUGGGUUUAUGUACUGUGUGGGUGGUUCCCUGGUUUUUGAUCAUGGGUGCCAAAGGUUGAACCUUUGUCCGAGUCCGACAUGGAUUGUUCAGACAAGAGCUUGAUUAUCAUGUCUAGAAUGAUAGCCUCAAUCUUACGGUGGAAGACGUUUGCUUUUGUGAUUUUAUGUUACCAUCUUCACUCUCUGAAACAACAGAGCAGAGGGCAGGAAUCGAGAAUCCGACGAUUGAAGUUCGAUUUGAGCAGUUAUCGGUUGAAGGAGAAGCAUAUGGUGGAGCCAGGGCACUUCCAACUUUGUCAAGUUUUACCAUCAAUAAAUUCGAGGCACUACUCGAAUCGCUUAAAAUUUUACCAUCCAAAAGAGGGGAUGUCAAGAUACUCCACAAUGUGAGUGGAAUAGUAAAACCCUCAAGGAUGACACUUCUCCUAGGACCUCCUGGAUCAGGAAUAACUACGUUGCUGCAAUCCCUUGCUGGGAAGACAGACAAGAAUCUAAAGAUAUCAGGAAAAAUUACUUAUUGCGGUCAUGAAUUGCAUGAGUUCAUCCCACAAAGAACAUGUGCUUAUAUAAGUGAGCAUGACCUUCACCAUGGUGAGAUGACUGUAAGAGAGACAUUGGAUUUCUCGGGACUUUGCUUAGGAGUUGGGAUUAGAUACGACUUUUUGGUAGAGAUGUUGCGUCGAGAAAAAAGAGCGGGAAGCAAUCCAGACCCUGAGAAAGAAUCAUUUAUGAAGGGUACAGCAAUGGCAGGACAAGAAAGCAGUCUAGUUACGGAUUAUGUUCUCAAGAUUCUUGAUUUGGACAACUGUGCUGAUAUAAUCGUGGGUAAUGAAAUGAGAAGGGGCAUAUCCGGUGGCCAGAAGAAGCGUGUUACCACAGGAGAAAUGUUGGUUGGACCAGCCAAAGCUCUGUUCAUGGACAAAAUAUCGUCUGGUCUUGAUAGUUCCACAACUUUCCAGAUUGUUCGAUUUAUGAAGCAAAUGGUUCAUAUCAUGAAUGCCACCAUGAUAAUAUCCCUUUUGCAACCUGCCCCAGAAACCUAUGAUCUUUUUGAUGACAUAAUCUUGCUUUCAGAAGGUCAAAUUGUGUACCAAGGUCCACGUGAGAAUGUACUAGAGUUUUUUGAAAUUGUUGGCUUCAAAUGUCCUGAAAGGAAAGGAGUUGCAGAUUUCCUGCAAGAGGUAACUUCAAAAAAUGAUCAAGAGCAGUACUGGUGCAGAGAGAAUAGUCCUUACCGAUAUGUCUCUGUGCCUGAGUUUGUAGAUCAUUUUAAUUCGUUUCACAUUGGUCAAAAACUUAAUGAAGAGUUGAGUUUUUGUUAUGAUAAAUCACGAUGUCAUGCUGAUGCAUUGGUGAAACAAAAAUAUGGGAUUUCAAGAUGGGAAAUCCUCGAAGUAUGCUUUGCGAGAGAGUGGUUAUUAAUGAAGCGUAAUUCUUUUAUUUAUAUAUUCAAGAUGACUCAGAUUACCAUCAUGUCAUUGGUUGCCAUGACAGUGUUCUAUAGAACAGAAAUGAAUCAUGACACAAUAAAAGAUGGAGGAAAAUAUUACGGUGCACUCUUCUUCGGCCUAAGUAAUGUUAUGUUUAAUGGGAUGGCAGAGCUUACUUUGACUAUGUUUGCACUUCCUGUAUUUUUCAAACAAAGGGAUUUACUGUUCUAUCCGGCAUGGGCAUUUGCAUUGCCGAUUUGGCUACUAAGAAUCCCCGUCUCCUUGUUGGAGUCUGGGAUAUGGAUCAUCCUCACUUACCACACUAUUGGGUUUGCUCCUGCUGCUAGCAGGUUUUUCAGACAAUUUUUGGCAUUGUUCGGUGUGCAUCAGAUGGCUCUCUCUCUCUUCCGUUUCAUCGCUGCGGUUGGGCGGACACAAGUCAUGGCAAGCACACUUGGUACCCUAACAUUGCUCCUGGUUCUUGUACUCAGUGGAUUCAUUGUUGCUAAAGAUGACAUUGAAUCAUUCAUGAAAUGGGGCUAUUAUAUUUCUCCUAUGAUGUAUGGACAAAAUGCCAUAGCUAUCAAUGAAUUUCUUGAUGAGAGAUGGAGAAAGCCUAAUCCUGAUCCUGGAAUUCCUGAACCGACAGUUGGAAAGGCACUUCUGAAAAUGAGAGGAAUGUUUGUUGAAGAGUGUUGGUAUUGGAUUUGCAUUGUGGUGCUCUUUGGGUUUAGCCUUCUUUUUAACAUCCUCUUUGUUGUUGCACUGACUUUUUUGAAUCCUAUACGGGAAACUAAAUCUGUUAUUAGGAAUGAGGAUGGGGCAAAGAAGAAAUCAUCCUCGAGUGAACAGCAUGGGAGAAGAGCAAGAGAAUUAAACAUAUCAAUGUCUGCCCCGUUCUUUGAAGUGGUGAAGAACACAGAUGGUUCAACUGUUGCAGUAAAGCAUGCGCCCACUAAAAGAGGAAUGGUGUUGCCCUUCCAACCCUUGUCAAUUUCUUUUAAUCGUGUUAGUUACUACGUUGACAUGCCUGCUGAAAUGAAGAGACAAGGAAUUGGAAAGGAUCGCCUGCCAUUGUUGCGAGAUGUUAGUGGUGCUUUCAGGCCUGGUAUUUUGACUGCACUGGUAGGGGUAAGCGGUGCUGGAAAGACAACUUUAAUGGACGUGCUAGCUGGAAGAAAAACUGAUGGGUACAUCAGAGGAAGCAUCUGGAUCUCUGGCUACCCUAAGAAACAAGCGACAUUUGCUCGUGUUAGCGGCUACUGUGAACAGAAUGACAUCCACUCUCCUAAUGUUACUGUUUAUGAAUCCCUUGUGUACUCCGCCUGGCUUCGUCUUCCUAAGCAAAUUAAGCGCGAAACACUGAAGAUGUUUGUUGAAGAAGUCAUGGAAUUAGUAGAGCUCAAGCUACUACGGAAUUCGUUGGUAGGUCUUCCAGGAGUAGAUGGUUUGUCAACUGAGCAGCGGAAGAGACUUACCAUAGCCGUUGAACUGGUUGCUAAUCCAUCCAUUAUCUUCAUGGAUGAGCCAACAUCAGGACUUGAUGCUAGAGCUGCUGCAAUAGUUAUGCGUACUGUGAGGAAUACCGUAGAUACAGGACGUACUGUUGUCUGCACAAUUCACCAGCCAAGCAUAGAUAUUUUCGAAGCUUUUGAUGAGCUGUUUUUGAUGAAGAGAGGAGGGAAAGUCAUUUAUGCUGGACCCCUGGGGCACCUUUCUCACAAGCUAAUAAAAUACUUCGAAGCUGUCGCUGGGGUUCCCAAGAUAAACAAGGGUUAUAACCCUGCUACUUGGGUGCUGGAAAUUAGCUCUGCUACUGCCGAGGCUCAACUUGGUGUAGAUUUUGCAAAAAUUUAUACAAAUUCUGAACUGUAUCAGAGGAACCGGAGACUUAUUAGAAAGCUAAGCAGUCCAAUACCAGGAUCCAAGGACCUUUGUUUCCCUGCCAAAUAUUCUCAAGACUUCCUCACUCAGUUCAAAGCUUGCUUUUUGAAGCAGCACUGGUCCUAUUGGAAGAACCCCUGGUACAAUACAAUUCGGUUCUUCUUGACAAUCAUUGUCGGAAUUUUCUUUGGAUUAGUUUUCUGGAACAAAGGAGGCGAAAUACAGAAGCAACAAGACGUUACGAAUCUUCUGGGAGCUACUUAUGCUGCUGUCAUCUUCCUUGGAGCCACCAACACUAUGACAGUACAGUCUGUCAUCGCAACUGAAAGAACAGUCUUCUACCGAGAGAGAGCGGCAGGGAUGUACUCAGCAUUGCCUUACGCAUUUGCUCAGGUCGCCAUAGAAGUAAUUUAUGUCGCUUUCCAAACUUUUGUGUAUAGUCUACUGCUUUUCUGGACGAUUGGCUUCCAUUGGCAGCUGCACAAGUUCUUGUGGUUCUACUUCUUCAUAUUAACGAGCUUUGUUUACUUCACACUGUACGGGAUGAUGGUUGUAGCUCUCACUCCAGGCCUACAAAUUGCUGCCAUUGUUAUGUCUUUCUUCAUAACCUUCUGGAGCGUGUUCUCCGGGUUCCUUAUUCCAAGGACGGAAAUGCCGGUAUGGUGUAAGUGGUACUACUGGGGUUCUCCCGUGGCGUGGACAAUCUACGGGCUUGUAACCUCCCAGGUUGGUGACAAACUCUCCCUAAUUGAUGUCCCUGGAGAAGAUCCAAUGUCAGUAAAGCAGUAUCUUGAGACACACAUAGGAUUUAACUACGACUUCCUCGGAAGUGUAGUUGCUGCCCACAUUGGCUUUGUUCUCGUCUUCUUCUUAGGCUUUGCUUAUGGAAUCAAGUUCCUCAACUUCCAAAGGCGAUAAACAAAAGCAUAGAUUGAUCAAUACCAUUCUCUUUUUUCCCGGUUGCUAUUGUGAAGUAGUUCAUACACUGAUACAUAGAGGAGCCAUCAUGUAUUCAUAAGCCUUUAGUUCUUUGUAUGGCCAUUCAUUAUUGUUGUCAAUAAUUGGCUGAUCUCGACUCCCAAUUUUCUAUACAAAAUAUACAAAUACCAACUUACUACCCCGUAACGCUGGAAAUAUCAUUGGAGCGAUGUGGUGCAUUCCCCAUAAGCUUAGCAAGUUGAGCAUCAAA